GGUCAAUGAUUUGAAGACUGGUACGCUGAUAGGAACUGACAAAUAUGGAAACAAAUACUAUGAAGACACAAGAAACUUCUUUGGUCGACACAGAUGGGUUAUCUAUACUGAUGAAAUGAAUGGCAAAAAUACGUUUUGGGACCUUGAUGGAAGCAUGGUGCCCCCUGAAUGGCAUCGCUGGCUUCACUCAAUGACAGACGACCCUCCAACAACUCAUCCACCUGUUGAUCGUAAAUUUAUCUGGGAGAACCACAAGUUCAACCUGAGUGGCACUCCGGGACAGUACGUACCUUACUCUACUACUCGCAAGAAGAUAGAGGAGUGGAUCCCACCUACGACGGCUAGCAAGUAACAGCAACAGAAAAUGUGACUUGCCUCAGCUUUGGCUUUCAGUGAAAAUUGUAUUUUCACUGGUUUUGUUCCAAAUAAAAGCCUCCUA